GCUGCCACCGUGCACGCCUACCAGAAUGACUAGGCAACAGGCAGCCAUGGCAUCGCCUGGAGGCCGUCCACCACCUAGGGAAAGAUUGCCCUUGCCUGCUAAGACCGCUUCGAAAGCCAACCCUAAAACUAAUCCCAUUUCCAGUGCUUCUAGAUUACCCAGCACCAGUCCACCCAUAUCUACGCCUAGUGGAAACACUGAGCAUAGUACUCCUACUCCUACACCCAUCCUUGCCGUGUUUCCGCAAGUUACUCCCACGACUAGUGUUAACCAAUCAGUUCCUAUAGAAACCUCGCCAGGUGUACAGAGCUCUAGGCAAAGCAAUGACAUCAAUGACUCAAAUGACCAAGUUGAUGCUGAUUCAGAGGGUCAUACAAUUGAAGGAGAACCAGUUGGUGACUUUGUUUCUGCGUCCCGAAAGGAAGUCCGCAAGAAAACCAUAGGGCUUGGCUUAGAGAAGAUGAUAAAGAGAGGAAACAAGCUGCCUAUCCAAGUGGCUGAAGGGAAGAAAAGACCUGAUGUCCCACUUCAAGCAGCGAAGCUGGCAUUAGAAACUGGAGUAGCUCUUAGAGACAAGCUGCCUAUCUACACAUCUUGGAAGCUUUAUGAAAAAGACGGGGGCCAGUAG